CUUUCUCAUAUUGGAAAAGGACAGGAAUAUAAAUUUUGACCGAAAUGAAGGAUUUUUAGCAAUCUUUUCCUGUAUUUCCGUCUUUCUCUGUAGUCUUGAGGGCUGGAUUAGUACUUUAGCCCCUUUCUUCAUAAGAAUGCUAUUUUUGUGGAUAGAAUGAUUUUUCUGUUCCUUCAUUAAAAUUGUCAGAAGGUUAUCAGCACUAAAUCCAGGUCACCUGAUUAGGUAUAACUUAUUUAGUGUAUGAUUUGAUACCAAAAGUUGGCUGAGCAGGGCAUCUGAGAUUUGGAGUAUCUCAAAGAGGAGUUCUUGCAAUGCUGGAAAACUAGAUUUAGGGAAUAACUGUUUAGCGUUCUCUAAGUAUAUCCUAUCUCACCUCCAGAGAUAUAACUUCGUGAGAUGUGGGUAAGUAUGAUUACAAAAAUGAAGUAUUCAUUUGUUUCUCAAGUUUAUUCAAUCAAACUCCAGAAUUCGAACAAUUUCAUUUGCUCCAGUAAGAUUCCAGAAGGAGGUUUUAUCAAGCGCAAAGUUUCUUAGCCGAAGCUCUUGUAGACUCUCUAAGUACUCUUUCUGAUCUUUUAGAUACACUUCAUCUAUUCUGGCUAGACUUUCAUAUAUUCAAUUACUGCGUUCUUCCUCCUUUGUUUCAAAUAUAAUUGACUUUGGAUUUCUCAUGGCUAAGAUUGCUGAGUUUAGCUUCUGGAUAUCUUCAUAUCGCCAAAAAGAGAAAUUUAUGGUGAAUUCUUGAGUAUCUUUUAACUUAUUCAAUAAGCUCUUGUAAAAGCCAUACUCGAAGCUAAGAUCCCGUGUCUUUAUCACCAAUUUUCUUCAAUCUAUCAGUACCAGGGCUGAAUCCGGUACCAGAUUAGAUCGCAUUUGAUUUAUCUGUAACUUCAGCACCUUUGUCUUCAUAACAUACUUUUGUUUGGCACUUAAGAAUCCCCUGUACAUUCUUCUGACCUCCUCAAAUGUAGGGAUUGCUCUUUCCUUCAUCUCGAUUCCUGGGUCUUCAAAUCCCAAGGCUACCUCCCUUUCACCCUGCCCCUCAACCACCACCUCUACUACCCCCAUCACUUCCGCUUUCCUCCUCCAAAAAUUCCUGCCCAGUGCGAACAAAAUCUCAUAAUUUGUACUGAAAUCCUCUGAUUUCAGGUCAAGGAGGUCCCAUAGAGGGCGAGUGAGCUUUAAGCUGAGAUUGUGUAGUGGAACGGAGGGUUGUACUCUGGAUAGCAGUUUUAGGUGGGAUUUGGGGGAUUUAGAAGAGGGGAUUGGUUUGAAUGGGAUUUUGAGGGUUUUGAAUCAGGCAAAUGGUAGUUUUAGGAUCCUUUCUUGAAGUUUCUUUGAUAUCCAACAGUAUUUUCAUAGGUCAUAAGCUGAAAAAUAUUUGAAAAUUUCGUAGAUUAAUGCAUUGGAGUUAAACAAAAACUUGUACUUUUGAUUUUUUUCCUUAUUUGUAUUCUCUUCUUUAUCAGUCUCCUUGAGGAAAUUUUCCGGCUUCUCUACACUCUUGAUUUGCUUUGUAGUGAGGGAUUUAGUGCAAGUCUUUUCAGUUUCCAA